UCCGCCCAGGCGGCCCCGGGCCGGUUCCCAGGAGCGGGUCGGAGAUGAAGGAUGCUCCCACCGGUUCCUCGGCGGCUGCUGUCGGGUACCGGCGCUGCGCUGCGCUUCCCUCGGUCGGGCGAUGAGGAAUAAACCGCUGCUGGAGCGCCUGAGCCUCCCUGAGGGCUGGGAAGGAGCGAAGAGGAGACUUUGAUCGCGUCUUGCCGAGGGAUCUGCGGAUCCGCGGAGGAAAAGGGCUGGUGGGCAAACCGGGGCAGAUGCUUUAGCAACGCCGGAGAGGCAGCGCUACAGCAUCGCUGUGCCCGGGGCCCACCAUGGGCACCGGCAUGUGUUCGAGGAGGCAGAAGGGGCUCCUGCAGACCGGGUUUUGCCUGGUGACCGUGGCGUGCCUGGGCUCGGGAGUUUUCAUCUACAGCCACUUGCAGCAAAAGGUGCAGAACGCUGAAGCCCUGGCCCAGAAAUACAAACAGCAGCAGGAAGCGCUGUCUGCCCAGCUCCAAGUUGUGUAUGAGCACAGAUCCCGGCUGGAACGAUCCUUGCAGAAGGAGCGAGGGGAACACAAGAAGACAAAGGAAGAUUUCUUAGUGUAUAAGUUAGAAGCUCAGGAAGCUCUCAACAAGGAGAAGCAAGAUUCCAUGAACAGAUACGGGGCCCUCAGUUCCCAGCACAAGAUACUUAAGAACCAGCAUGAAGAUGUCAAGAAGCAGCUGCUUGACCUGCAGCUGCAGCACAACAGCUUGAAACUGGAACAUCGCAAGACACUGGAGACUCAUAGCCAGAAAUAUGCCCAGCUGCAGCAGGAGAAGGACAGUGAAGUCGCAAACUUGCAGGAUACAGUGUUUAAACUCAGAGAAGAGAGCAAGCUCCUUCGGAAGGCCCACCAGGAAGUCCACUCUCAGCUCCUUAAUGCCCAGGCCCAGAUGGAAGAGUUCAGGCAGCUCAAGGAAGCACUACAGAAGAUGCCAAGUUUCAAAGGAGGAGGCGCUGGGAAGGGGCAGCAGCAGUUUCAGGUGCUGAAGGAGCAGCCCAUGGUGCCAGCCAACAGCCAGUUGCAGCUUGCGAGGCAGAAGGCUUUUCCAGUCAACCAGGAGAACCGUCCCUUUGGGAACCCACUGGCUUCACAAGUCUCCGGGGUUCAGAAGCAGGCAGAUGGCCCUUUGCUGCAGGGCCAGAACUCGUACAGUAACGAUGGCCCAAGGCCACAAGCCAAUGUGCUCUUUACCCAUCCACAUCCAGCCCCAAGGCAAGAUGCCAACUCGCUGCCGGAUGCUCUGCCAGCCUGGCCAGCGAGACACGGGGAUGGGCACGUGGUCCGGUUCACCCGCACCAUGAACAGUCUGCCAAAUGGGAACCCUGAUCUAAAGAUGGUGAUGCGCAUUCAUGUUCAAAGCAAUGAGGAAAGCCAGGCUCCUGGAUUGUCACCCUCUGACCUGAAACAACCCUCUGCAGCAGAAAAACCUCAGGCAUCAGACAACCACCACCCUCCAGGGAGCAAACAGGUCCAGAUGCAAAGCUGGAAAGACAUUGUUAACAAAGUGAAUGCCCAGGUGGAUGAACAACAAGUGCACAGUUACCCCAAGAGCCUUCAUUUUGAGCCCAAGCCUAGGCAAGAGAUGCAGAAAGGCAGCUCACAGGUACCCGAGCAGAAGAGAGGGGAAGAGCAUCACACAGCUGAUGAGGAAGGCCAGAAAGAAAGGGCGGAUGAUGAGGAGCUCGAAAUGGAUGCAGGAGUCAUUGAGAGGGAGGAGAAUUUGCAUUCUCAGAAAGAGGCUGUUGUCCAGGAACCAAUGAUGCCAGAUGAUGCUGCAGAUCCUGCCCAGGAUCCCAAUAACCAAGGUGAGGAUGAGUUUGAGGAAGCUGAGCUGGAGAGACCUGACUUUGAAGAGAAGGUGGGAGGUUUGGAAAAGUUCAAGGAGCCCAGCAUGAAAGAAGAGUCUAAGGAGAAGCCACCGAAGGAUGCUGGCAGACCUGCCAAGCCCAGGGAAGACCCAAUGGAUGACUAUCAAGAAGAUCAGGAGCAAGAAAUUGUACGACACCAAGGAGGAUCAUGGAGGUGAGGUGGAUGACAAUGAUGACCUGGAACUUGUCCAAGACCAGAAGGACCGGGCAAACAUACAGGGAGCUGAUGGCAAAAAGGAUGACUACUACUGAAAGAUGCUAAAGGAGAGUGGAAUAUGCUGGGAGUGAGGGAUCAGGAACCCCUCCUGGGAACUGGCUCCUGUAUUAAACACUGCCCAGACCAGACAGAGGCAGGAGGUAACAGUCUUCGCAGGCACUGAGCAGGGUGCUUGCAGGUGUGCAUCACGCCUGCCUGUGGGGGGCCUUUGCUGCCUCUCCCAACAACAGCAUGGACGUGCUCUCAGACUGUAGGGAUGGGUUUUAUCCUGCUGCUUUUCUUAGAAGCACUUUUUGAUUUGUUGUGUUCUUCACCCUCUCGUUUUCCCUCUCCCCUCCCAAGCUGGAGAGUUUUUCUGAUGUUUUUUAACCCCCUGGGCAGCAGAGGGGAGCCUGAACUCGUCCCUGGACUGACUCGACUGAUUGCUAAUACAAAGGAAUCUGUCUUCAUAACAUACUUUGCUCAGUAGUGUUUCUUUAAAACAUCCUUUGCUCCCCUCAGAGUAAGGUGGAGAGGAAGUGAGGUUGCUUUUUGUCUGGAGUAAUGCGAGGGUGAUAACUAACCAUGAGCACCAACAGAAAUGAUCACGUGCCAGCCUGUGUGUCCUUGUGCGUGUGUGCAUGUGUGUAUAUGAAUGACUGGAUCCUCUUCCUGGUGCAGAGAUGCUUCCCAGUGACUUGGAGUAGAACCCUGCAGAGUUCUUCCUUUGGCUUUGAGCUGUCACUGUCCUGCUGGGCUGCUUCAAGUCUUCAAAUGGAAGCAGCAGGAUGGGAGCAGACAUCCAUUUCUGUGAUGGGUAUGCUCCAACCUUACUGCUAUUUAUGGUGCAGCUGCAGCAUCUCAGCAGAGCUGACCCUCCUCAGGCUAUCAGCAGAGUGUGUCAGAACAUACCCAACCCGCAUCUGCCUCUCAGACCUAUAACCUCCUCCCUCCUUAUCCUACUGACAUGCACUCAGCUUUUGGUACCUCCCUGAGUUGCUAGCAUCAAGCAAGCACGAGAGGCUUGCUAAGGGUGGAAUUUGGUGCACAGGAGGGGGAAAAAAUAAGGAAGAGUAUUCAUGAUAGUAUAGAGGAAUAUUUGGAGCCCAACUAAUGCAGUUCCAUCCUUCUGCUUCAGCUUCUUUCCAGUCAGCUUCUUUCCAGUCUCCCAACAUUUGUCAGGGAGCUAAGAUAAAUUUUGUUCCUUCUGGACAGGUCUGGUUUUUAAUCAGGGUAUUUCUGGUGUUCUGUUGAUUCAGUAGAUUGAAAUCUGCAGUACUUAGACUCCAAGGCAAAUCUUGCCUGACCUCAGAUAGAAAGAAGGAAAGGAGGAAUGAGUCAGCUGGAGUCCCUGGCAUUUAAAGUGGAGGCAGCUAAACAGAGAAUGAUAUCUCAAAGCCUGGACUGACUUAGUCAUAUGAACAGGGCAGAGCUGUCACAUCUCCCACCUUGUGCAAGACCCGUGCAUCUGAGCUGCCUCCUCCUCACCACCAUGAGCUUGCUCAUCAAACACAGCUUGUGGUUGAAAUGUUGUGACCUGAUAAAGGACCAGGGGAGAGCUCUUUGUUCUCUGUCUGAAUUAGUUAUGCUUUUUUGAAUCCCUUGCUUUGAGCAUAUUUUGUAAGCGCUUUUAGACACUUGGGAGAACAGCAUCUCCCAAUAAGCUGGUGUUUAUUCACUCAGACAGUAUUAUCUUUCUCCCACUGGUUCUAAUGGAGCUUGAAGUUAACAUGUCAUAGGGUGUUUUGGUUCUUUGUUUUUACUCUGCUUGUGUUUCCUACCAACACAAUGAGCUCUGAGCUGAAUAAGUAAAGGUGCCAGAGGCAAAGCAGCAGCCAGAGGCUGUUCCAAUGAGUCUAGGAAUAGGCCUGUUAGCCAAGUGCCAUAGCUCCUCAUAUAGCCUACUAAGGAGCUCACUGCAAAACUGUAAUGGGUUUAAGAUAACCAAAGUGACUUGAAAUGGUUAAUGCUGUGUUAGUGCUUUCUAUUGCCAACCUUGCUGUAUGAUGCAAUCCAUCUCGGCCUCCACUGUCUGCUAUAAAUAGCACACUCGGGAUCAGCUGGAGUUGCAGUUAUCGUUUUGGAUGCAUCCUGAUCAAAAAUGCCUCCAGUUCUCAGCUGGGCUGGCAAGAUGCUGCUGUUUCACAGCUCAGUGCAGGAUCAAUGACCAACAGUCUGUGGCAUGAGCUUCAAACCUGCCUGCCCAAGCUGCCCCAGUGGGAUAUGUGGUACACCUCUUGGUCUGCUGAACUUCAUUCACUCCUCUUUCGUGCUUAUCUUAGCCUUUGAGUGUCAGAAUACAUAAGUUCAGACCUUACUGGAAGUGAAUCAAGGGCUGGAAAUAGAACUCCAGUGGGGGUGAGGCUUCGUGCUGACUCAGAGAGGCUGCAGCAGCUAGCUAAAUUAGGAGGCAAAUGAUCUGCUUUUGCAUGUCUAGGAUGAGUAAUCCUCAAAGUUAUGACUUGGAGGGAACUGUAGCAACUCGGCCCUGAAUGUAAAGCUGCCUGCUAGGAGAAUGCUUUAGAACCAUAUGCUGUGUGCUGCCCUUAGCUGAGAGCUGAGCAUCUCUGCUCUAGGGAGUCCUUGCCCUGGAUGUAUCCAAGACUAAAUUUAGCAUGGUGUUGCAUAAAUGGUAAGCUGUGGGUGGUCAGGGCUUCCUUAUCUGGCCUAUAGCAAGUUGCCCCCAUAUUAAUACUUGGUCAUGGUUUCCUCUAACAGGAGAUGAAACAAGAGAAAACAAACCCAGUGGAGGAAACCAGAAAAAGCAGAAAACCCUUGGUGUUGGCUCUGCAGCAUGGGCUGUUGCUGAGUUUGAUAUGCUGCCUGGGGGUUCACUGCUUAAAACAAAUAAUAGUGGUUUUCCUGAGCAGUGAACUGUUGAAGCAAUAUAUGUGAGAAGUCCAGGCUGAAUUUUAUUGCCGGCUGGGGCACUGGAGAAGGUGUUAGAAAACAGCUGGAUUACUAAGAGCAAACAAUGAGACAAAGUACUCUCUGAAGCCAGUGCUGGCAGACUGACCAAGCCAAAGCAUGUGUUUCUGCUUGUCUCUUGCAUAAAUAAUGGUCUUUUCCUUAGAGACAAGGCCAGAGGACACAGGGUAAGUUAACUUGUAGUGGUGUUACAAAGGUUGUGAUGGGUUGCUCUUUAUUUUCCUUUGGGUUCCAGCAAGAUUCUAUAGCUGAGAGUUCUGCACACAGGGCUCACGUGAUGUCAAAGUAUGAAGUGAUUUGGCUACCUCUUCAGCUGGAUAAUUAGAAUUAAUAAAUAGUACAUGCUGUGUCCUCACAAAUAAAGGCACAGAUGAGGAAAACAUAUGCCCGUUGAUUAGUUAAAUGAAAGCUCUGUUUAAUGAAGCCUACUUCUCUGUAAUCCACUUCCUGGAAGCCUGUUUAGAGUUAUUAAGCCUAUUCACUUACAUGGCAUUUUUCAGGGGUUAAAAUGCAACAUAUAAUAGGAGUUUAAGGAGAUGUUUUUCUCUAAGAUGCCUGAAAAUAGAUGGAGGACAAAAUGCCCUGAACCUGUGUGAACUCUCUGCAUAUCCCCUGGAGUGAGCUGUUCUUCUGAGCUCUGUGCUACUUUAGUGUUAGAGAAUAUCAAUAUCCAUGGAAAAGACGAAUUAGAUGUAAGUAUCCCUGAGAGGGGUUGGGGUGUUCACUGUUCUGCUCAACAACAAACCUGCUCCAGCCUGUAACCAGAGAACCAGUUAUUCUGACCAUAUGUGCACAGGUAUACUAAUGUCUUGGAGUCAGAGGCUCAGGAUGUGAACCCAGAGGGAACAAUGUGAUUAUUCUGCUUCCUGGUAAUCUUGGCAGUCAUUCUGGGAAAGAGGAGGCUCUCACAGCUCCUGGUUAACUUGGUUUUGCCUCUUCUGCAACUUCAAAUGCAAGUUUGGAAUGAAAUCCAGAGCCAAGUGAUGAGGCACAUGCCAUCAGGUGCUUCCUUCCCUGCUAUGCCAGCCAUUUUCCUUUCCUGUUCUAAACGCCAGACCCUGCUGGUGGAUCUUUCAAGAGAACUCAGAGCAAAUCAUAAGCAGCAUCGGAAGCUCGUGUCAGAUUUUGUCCCUGAGCACUGAAACAAUGACAGCUCUGGGUGCACCUUGCUCUUGGUAGAACUGCACUGCUUGGCUUGGCUCCAUCCAUCUCCUCAACACCCACAAGUUUCUUGGGAAGGGCUGUCACAUCUUCACUUUUGCAUCCUGGCUGGAACUUCCACAGGUAAGUUUGCCUCAGCCACCAAGAAGUGCCUUCAGCAGCACAGCACCUCCUGUUGUUGGUGAUAACCCCGUGUUUUCUGAGGAGAGCAGCCAUUACUACAGCUUCAGCAUCCUUUUCUAUGCUGAUCCUGUUUUUUCUUUGAUUCCUAUUGAUGCCUUCUGGUAUCAAAAGAGAUUUCUAGCAACUUUAUACAGGGAAAUAGACAACCUCCUCCCCAACACUGUAUCUGGUUUAAAAACUACUUGGUAUUGUUAAAUUAUGCUUAAAGAUUUCCUUAAGGAAACCAUACACUUUUAAAAGGCAGCUCUUUCAGAAGGGAAAAGGUGUCCUGACACGAGACUGUUGAGUCAUGUUCAUGUUCAAUGCAUCAGAAAACAAAACUUCAGUAAAUUCCUUAUUGCUGCCAAUUACACUUUGAAGGUGUUAUUUUCAUAUAUAUAAUGAAGUGCAAGGUGUAUUAUUUGGGUUUGGGUUUUAUUAUUUAGGCUAUGAAAUAAAAACCAGGCUUCAGAAUCUUCUUUUUGUUAUAUCAAGGUUACAAUGUAAGCCAAUAAACACUUUUGAAGAAACUUA